AUGUUCUCCUUUAAAUUUAUGUAUAAAGAUAGUCAAGGAAAGAACAUUAAUAAAAAUGGUUCUCAAGCUUUAAGUCAUAUAAUUGAUGAGAAUUGUCAUCGUUUUAAAACAAUAGAAAAAAGGUUGACAAAUGAGUAUAAGAAUUGCAUUAAAGAGUUUGUUGCCAAAGAUGCAUCUGUCUAUGUCAAAGAUAUGAUAGACUAUCUAGUCUUGGUGUUUGGCAAGAUCAACAUGUCAAAAGAGACUUUCAAGACAUUUAUAGUCAAUGAGUGCAACCUCACAUUCGAAAAGAUCUAUAAGCAGCCUAUAGCAAAGAACAGUAAAAAGAAUAUCAAGGUCAGAUAUAGCUGGAUUAUGUAG